AUGAAAAAACGUACACAAUCUAUUGUAUCAUACAAUAAACUUCAGCCAACGCCAAAGAAGAUGGAUAAGCUUCGCGGUGGUGGCGGCGGUUAUUCCGGUCGUUUUACUAUUAUUAGUGCCAUAGUUGGUUUUCUUUGUCUUAUCCCUGCUAUUGUUCUUACUCUCAGUGGUGCUGCAGGGCUCGGCAAUGGUGGUGACAAUGGCCGCCUUGUUUCUGGUAUUAUCUUGUUUGGUGUUUCUAUUACUCUUAUUAUUCUGGCUGUCCUUACGUGCUGUUUAAAGUAG